CCCAUCCGUUAGAUCAUAUCGAUCUCCACCGUCCAUUGAGGAGGUGGUCUUGUAUAAAUAGAGCAUUCGAGCAACACAUUCGGGAGAGGCUGACUUAGCUAUCGCGAGGGGCGAGAAGGAGCUAAGGCCGCACGGUUCUUUGUUAAGGGAACAAGUCCGUGACAAGUGGUAUCAGAGCCCGGCUAAGGGCUUUGUGUUGAUCGAAUACCCAACGAUGGCGAACGUCGAAGAUAUUUCGUACGUGACCGAGGGACGUGGCAGGGAGGCCCACGUAAACAACAAGAAGAAGAGGGACCACAGCAAGGCUCGUGGGGAGAGUACCAGUACCGAAGCCGUGCUAACGGAUCAUGGCGAAAGACUCGAGAGGCUCGAGAAUAACAUCGCCAUAGCGGAGCUUAGCGAAAGAUUCGAGAAGCUCGAGCACGAUACGGGAGUGUUGGAGAAUCACGUUGCCGAGCAACUCGAUUUGUCUAGGGACAAUGAGGCGUUGCGGGAGGAACGGUUGGAUCGAUUGGAGGCCAUCAUCCAAUCCCUCCAAGAGAGCAUCGAGGGGAUGCGCGACGACUUGGCCUUGUGCAAAAAGGCCGCCGCUAACGGUAGCGUUGGCGCUACUUCGAGUCCAAGGGUGGACUGCCCGAAGCCAACGGGAUUCAACGGCGUAAGGGACGCCAAGGAAGUCGAGAACUUCCUAUGGAGGAUGGAACAAUACUUCGAGGGUAUCGGUCUAGUCGACGAGACGACUAAGGUAAGAACUUCUUCCCUUUACCUUUCCGAUACGGCAAUGUUGUGGUGGCGUAGGAAGCACGCCGAUAUCGAGAAAGGCAUUUGCCGAAUCGAUACUUGGGAGGAGUUCAAGAGGGAACUCAAGCGACAUUUCUACCCGGAGAACGUCGUUUAUGAGGCUCGAAGGAGGUUGAGGGAACUCAAGCAACGAAGUUCAAUCCGCGAGUACGUGACGGAGUUCACCACCCUCACCCUUCAAAUUCCCAACCUUUCCGAGGAGGACCUUCUUUUCCACUUCACCGAUGGGUUACAAGGCUGGGCCAAGCAAGAACUCCACCGACGAGACAUCAAAUCCGUCGAUGAAGCUAUUGCCGCCGCCGAGUCCUUAACCGAGUAUCAACCGAGAGAGCCGUUGCGAAAAGAGAAGUGGAGCCCGACUAAAGGCGGAGGAGAGAGACGGGACAAUCAUGGUCGGGACUACCGAGACAACCGAGACCCAAGGCGAGCGUCAACCUCGAGGGGAGGAGACAAGCCAUCCUCACGCCAUCAACUUGAAGAGAAGAAGAAGUCGUUUGUGCCUAAGGGGGGAUGCUUCGUGUGCAAGGGGCCGCACGCGAUGAGUCAAUGUCCCAAGAUGGGGUCAUUGUCGGCGCUCUUACAACAAGAGACCGAGCAAGACACAAACGAGGAGCUAGGCAACAUGGGAUCGCUCCAACUCCUGAGCGCCUUAAAGGCAAAUCCGAUGCCGGCAACAUCAAGCAAGGGGCUGAUGUACGUGGAGGCCCACAUCAACGGUACCCCAGCAAAGGUGAUGGUGGACACGGGAGCGACCCACAACUUCAUCACCGAAGACGAGGCCAAGAGGGUUGGCCUACGGUGGACUAGACGAGACGGUUGGCUCAAGGCCGCUAACGCUAAGGCACAACCGCUCAACGGUGUAGCACGAGACGCGG